AUGUUUCCUGCACGAACGUUGCGCUCUCUUUUCACCUCUCUUUCCCGGUCCCCACCACUCAAGCCUACAUCAUGCUCGUUCCUCUCCCCUCGUCGCACCCUCCGAACUCUGCCACUCUUUUCUUUGGAAGACAAAACAUGCGUGGUGACUGGAUCUGCGCGAGGACUGGGAAAAGAAUUCCUCACGGCCUUUGCCCUCUCCGGCGCCAAAGGAGCUUGCAUUGACUUGUCAUUGAAGGACUGCAAAUCGUCCAUUGCCUCCAUAGCCUCUCAAGUCCGAGACGCGUACCCAAAUGACCCUGUCCCAGAACUUCGUGCCUACGAGUGCAACGCCACGAUCGAAUCGGACGUGAAGACCACGUGGGCCAAGAUCGUGGAAGACUUUGGGAAAGUCGAUGUCCUUGUCACGGCUGCUGGAAUCGUAGAUAACGUCGAGGCUGAGAAUUACGAAUAUUCUCGGUGGCGGAAGAUGUUGGACAUCAACAUUGAGCAAGUCAUUCCACGUUACCGUGUCGGCUCAUGGCUUUUCGCCCGUGAGGCUGGCAAGCACAUGCUCCAACACAAGAUCCAGGGUUCUAUCAUACUGAUUGCAUCGAUGUCUGCGACGAUUUGUGUCCGCCCUCAAAAGCAAGCCGCCUACAACACCUCCAAGGGCGCUGUGCAGAUGCUCUCCAAGUCCCUGGCGACGGAAUGGGGUCCAAGAGGAAUCAGAGUCAACAGCCUCAGCCCAGGCUAUAUGAGGACGGAUCUCAUAAAAGGACUGUUGGAGAAUGAAGGCAAAGAGCUCGUGAACAACUGGGAAAAGGACAUUCCGAUGGGAAGAAUGGCAGAGCCACACGAGUUGAGGGGCACGAUUGUCUGGAUGGCCAGUGGAGCGAGCAGCUAUUUAAAUGGAAGUGAUGUGAUCGUAGAUGGCGGCUACACUGCUUGGUAA